AUGCGUCUCUUCAGUCUCUUCGCCAUGGCAGCGGCCCUUUUGGGUGCCGAUGUCCAUGCCGAAGUCGUAAAGCUCCCUCUUCCCAAAAGCUGCAGCGGCGUCCCCAACAUGCGCUACCAAUACACAGUCAACUCCGGCUGGACCGUCAUGAAGAUCGCCGGCAGCUUGAAACAAGUACGAACCGUCAUCUGGGACACCGAAGGCAACAUGCUUGUCCAGCAAAACACCAGGGGCGUCUCCGUCCACACUUUUGGUGCCGAUGGCUGCGUCAACAGCACCAACAUGCUUAUAUCUGGAGGUGGUCUCAACCAUGGCUUGGACCUGACACCCGAUGGCAAGACCCUCUACGCUUCCUCCGAGACGACUCUCUACAGCUGGGCGUAUGAUGCUCUCACUCGCAAGGUCAGCAACCAAAAGACCAUUGUCAAGGGCAUGUCGACGGGUGUCCACUCGUCUCGUGCCGUUAAGGUUGUCCCAGGUCAGCCGAACCUGGUCCUGCUGCAAGUGGGCAGCAACUCCAACUUCGACAUGGCUUCGCAGCAGCCGUCGACUGGUCGUGCUUGCAUCAAGGUCUUUGACACCAACAACGUUCCCUCGGGUGGCUACAACUAUAACACACAAGGAGAGAUGUUUGGGUAUGGUCUGAGGAACGAGAUCGGCUUUGUCCCUGAUCCGAAUGGUGUCUUCUGGGGUCCGAGAAGCUCAACAACCGUAAGCCCUUUCCUUCCCUCCAUUCCUUCAACCACCACUAACCCCCUUCCCCCACCAGUCGGCGACCCCCGCACCGUCCGCAACGCCUGGUACGGCUACCCAACCUGUUUCUCAGUCUGGGACCCCUCCUCCUUUACCAACGGUCUCAAAACCGGCCAACACUUUGUCACGGCCCCCAACUCUUCCUACAACGACGCCACCUGCAACGGCAAAGCCAUCGCGCCGCGGCUCACCUUCCAAGCCCACUCCGCGCCCAUCUGGAACACCUUCGACACAGACGCCAAGAACAUGUACAUCACCUUCCACGGCUCGUGGAACCGGCAGCCGCCUACGGGCUUCAAAGUCGUGCAGGUGCCGUUUACCAGGUUGGCGGAUGGGAGUUAUGAUCCUGUUGCUCCAGCCGACUCGAGAACGGGGUAUACGGAUAUCUUCAGCGCGACGAAUCCGGGGAGUUGUACCGCGAAUGGACUCACGCAGAGUAGCUGCUUUAGGCUGACGGCUGCUAGUUGGGAUCCCGCGGGCAGGGGACUUUUUGUGGGGAGCGAUAAUAGUGCCGAGGGAGAGAUUUAUAUCUUGAGUCCCAAGUCAUAA